AUGGACGCCUUCAAACUUGUCCUUGCUGACAACAACACCGUGUCGGGAAUAAGCCAUAUUCCCGCACAAAAGUCAUCCAGGCCAAAGUACUGCCCACUGGUCGUUGGCCUUCACGGUGGCUGCUAUAACAGCGGAUACUUUGACGCCACUCCCGAUUACACGGCCAGCUUGACGAGCGACUCUCUGUCAGUUCCAUUUGUGGCCAUUGACCGUCCUGGAUACGUUGAUUCGACUCCUGUCACGCCCAUCCCAGAAGGUUCCAGCUUCCCUGAGGAAUGGGGUACCAAGCUACACCAAUACAUCCUCCCAGCCUUAUGGAAGGAAUUCGGAGUUCCAAAUGGCUGCAACAGCAUUGCCCUGCAUUGUCAUAGUCUCGGUGUUAACGGUGCCCUCGUGGCAGCCUCAUUGUACGCCACUGGCUCUGAGACACCGACCUACCCACUUGGAGGCAUUGUUAUAUCCGGCUUUGGAUCUCUUCUGAAACCCACUGGUGGCCAUGCCGCGCAACCAAACCCUCUCCCUACGCAUAUCAACAUCCCUAUUCACGUCAAGGAUAGUACUCUGUUGCUACCGGGAACGGCAGAUGAGCAGGUGUACGCCCAGUCACAGCGAAUCGACCACGCCAUGCCUUUCGACGAGAUUGUUGCCUUGAAAGCGUCUUGGCUUCCCACAUGGAAGGAGAAAUGGGGUGCCAACGUCACCGCGCCCAUCAUGGUCGCGAUUUCUGAGAGAGAUCAUUACUGGGUUGCCACGGAUGAGCAUCUCAAGGAUAUUGUCGCGGCCUUGCCCAAGAGCACCAGGAUAGACACGAGCAUCAUUAGGGCUGCGCCGCAUAAUCUUGAGUUGAGUUAUUGGGGUCCGGGAUGGUAUGCGAGGAGCUUUGGGUUUGCUGUUGAAUGUGCGGCGUCGCUUGCGAUGGAAUAA